AUGAGUGACGACUUUGAGGAAACAUGGAGAGGAUUAUACGCUCCCGUAAUAAGAUACUGGGGAGUAUACGUCAGACUCUACGCUCAAAAGAACGAUUCCUCAAUAGUAGAGGGUUACUGGGACCGCAGCGGGAAAAAAUGGACGUUUAAAGAAGUUGUCCCCGCCGGAAUUGCCGGCCUACCAACCGCAGGUCUAGCCGCAACAAUGGUUGGACAGGAAGAAACCCAUCUAUUCUUCGUCGAUAACGAGGGUCGAAUCCGUGAAAUUGGAAUUCAUGGGAACUAUGGGGAUAAACCAAAACCGGGGCCUUUGGAUAAAUUGAGGUUGAAAACUAGUCGGCCUAUAAGCGUUGUGCCAUUGAACCAGCAUAGGGCCGCUAAUGAGAUGGCCUCCAACAUCCUCCGAGAAUACAAAUGGAACUCCUGCGGCCACGAAAAAUGGGAACCAACCCACUCCUUCAAAUGGACCGACUUCGGUCCCCUAACCGCCGACGUCAAAUUUGUCAACAUGUCAAAAUGGAUGUCCCCGUCCAACGAACUAUCAAUUCGAGGCUUCUACCAAAACUCAGAAGGUUACCUCGUCGAACUUCGCUAUGAUGAUGGUUUUUGGGGUACGGGGUUUUUACAUCAGAAGGUUCCUAUUACGGAUCCUCCCAGCUCUGUGGCGUUUACACCUAUAGCGAAUGAUUUGUAUACUGCACCGAAGUUGGCGGUAUUUUAUAAGCAGGAUAAUAAGGUUUAUCAGAUGAAGAAGGAAGGAAGGGAUGGGUAUUGGUAUGGUCCUUAUGAGCAGACUACGGACGAAGAAGUGGAGAAGGGGAAUAUUGCGGGUGUAGGAGCUUUGACUGAACAUCAAGAUCAGCAUCUUUUCAUUUCGGAGAAGGGGAAUAAGUUUGUUCAUCGUUAUCAAAUAUUGGGUGGAUCUUGGGCAAAGGAGGUCGUUGAUUUUAAUGAUUGA